AACAGAAUUGGAGAAUUUGCGCGCGAAACGGUUACCCCUCCAAGUUCUCAUAUUCUAACAGUUUUCCCCGCCAAACCCCCUACAAAAGUAAAUUCUUUCUUUCUCUCUCUAAAAAAGAGUUGAAAACAAAACAAAGAAUCUCUCCGACACAAGCUCCGUUACAGUGAGUCUCAAAUCAAUAAAGCGAAAAUCCUAACCCUAACUCCAUCUCUUACCAACUUCAAUGCGUGUUCUUCUCUCCUAAGAAUCUCUCUUCUCUCUCUCUCUCUCUCUCUCUCUAUAAGACUAUGGAUUGUUGAGAGAGGUUUGGUGCGAGUGGAAGCGAUGGUUGAUAACAGGUUACGAAUCGACGAUGAGGACGAAGACGACGAAGAAGAAGACGGCGGCGGUUUCAGCUCGAAGCCUAGGGUUUCGGUGGAGAGGAAUCGGCGGUCUAUGAAGUUGUCCUUCUCAUUCAUAGCCGAUGGACUUUCUCCCAAGUCUAAAUCUCUGUAUACGAAGCUUCCCUCUCAGCCUCUCAACCUCUCUGUCCUCAAAUUGGACGGCUCUUCCUUCGAUAUUGAAGUUACAAAGACAGCCACUAUUGCUGAACUCAAGGAGGCAGUGGAGGCAGUGUUUGAUCACAUGCCUCAGAAGGGACCAGGAAAAAUUUCAUGGCCACAUCUUUGGGGGCAUUUCUGCUUAUGCUAUGAUGGUCAGAAGCUAGUCACUGAAGCUGACCCUAUCAGAAAUUAUGGCAUCAAGGACGGUGAUCAGCUUCAUUUUAUCCGGCACAUCUCAAUCAGCUACAACUUGAGAAAGAAACGACCAAAGAAACGGGAUGUUGGUUCAAAGCAAAGAAAAAUGUCAUUAUCGCAAUCAAAUAGCUGCGAGGAAGGAGAACAAAAAGACAAGGAAGACGACAAUUGUAGUGAUAUAGAGAAGGGGAAGCUCCAGCAUUAUGACAAAAAAGAUCGUUGUUUGAUUAAACCCCGCAAGGCCAGGAUUGCUCACCUAUUGGGAGGGUGGUUCUUAUGCACCAGACAAGCAACUGUUAAGAGGAAGAAAGUUGUAGGCUUGGCUUGUCCUUCAGGAAUGGGCACUGGUUUAGUGGGUGGUUUUAGAAAGAUCAUAUGGUUUUGCAGGAAGAAACGCAAUUCUCGGAGGGAUAAAUGGAGAGAGGAUUGAUGCUAAUGCUUGUAUAGGUUAGAGAGGAUUCUUAUUUUCAAAUCCAUAAUGUUCUUCUGUUCUUAACAAGCUGAGAUUUGCGUUCUAAAAAUUUUGAAACGCAGAUGCGUACAUAGGCAACAAAAGAUCAUUCAAUGCUUGAUUGCACCAAUGAAAAGUUCAAACAACUAGUAUACAUUUUAUUCCUGUGGCCUAAAGGUGUCAUACAUGAACAAGAUUAUAACGUCCCGUAUAUCUCACUCCUAGGGACUUACCCGUAAGGUUUUGUUCAUUGAACCGUAAUAGAGGACCUCUCUAUUAAGCCACGAGGUUUCAAAACCUUGGUUACCCGGUUCAACCUCUCAUUAAAUUGGUUACUUGACUAAAAAUAUAAUUUUAAGAUUUUAUCCAUGAAUUUUCCUCCCUGCUUAAUAGUUUCUGAUUUUAUACGGCCAAUUGGAGAUAUGAAGAAUUUGAGAUGUCACGCACCCCACAGCACGUGAGAAACACUUCCACCCAACUGGCUCCCCUCCUCGACCACAAAAUUUAUCAAUUUGUGUGGCAAAGAAUGAGAUAGCCCUCCACUCCCCUCUCACCCCACACAUCCUUCUCAGAAACCAGCCAUAUCACGCAAUACACACACACACACACUCCCUCUCUCCCAGAAGAACAACUCCCUCUCUCCCAGAAGAACAAA